AAAUACCCUUUACAAGUUUCCCAAUCGAUCGUAAGCAGAUGGCCCCUAUAAAUUGAGUUCAAGCCACCCAACACCCAACUCAAACUCAAACUCAAACUCAAACUCACCAUGGCCAUGUCUUCCUGGUUCUCUCGCUUACGCCAUUCCUCAAAGUCCUUGUUCAACUCUACUCCGCCUCUCCUCCGAUCCUCCUUCUCCACCAAGCUCAUCACAACUCCAACACCAACAGCAAACUCCGGCAGCUCAACACACCCAUUUCCGUUUUGGUCUCUUCCAAUCGCUGUAGCUGCUGGAUCACUCGCCCUCUAUCCCCAAUCAAACCCCUCACUCUGCCAAGCUCCCAAUGCCAAUGCUCGCACCGAGUUUGUGGUCAAAGGCUCACACAGGGAUGUCCCACAAGAACUUAUCAAUGAAUUGAAGGCUGUUUGUAAGGAUAACAUGACAGUGGAUUAUGAGGAGAGGUAUAACCAUGGUAAGCCACAAAACAGCUUUCACAAAGCUGUCAACAUUCCUGACCUGGUUGUUUUCCCGCGGUCUGAAGAGGAAGUCUGUAAGAUAGUCAAGCUAUGUGACAAGCACAAGGUCCCCAUUGUGCCAUAUGGUGGAGCGACAUCAAUCGAGGGUCACACCUUGUCUCCCCAUGGAGGUGUUUGCAUUGACAUGUCAUCAAUGAAGAAUGUCAAAGCUUUACACGUUGAGGACAUGGAUGUCAUUGUUGAACCUGGCAUUGGAUGGAUGGAGCUUAAUGAAUACUUGGAGCCUUAUGGUUUAUUCUUUCCCCUGGAUCCAGGACCUGGUGCAACAAUUGGAGGAAUGUGUGCUACACGUUGCUCUGGUUCGUUAGCUGUUAGGUAUGGAACCAUGCGUGAUAAUGUCAUCAGUCUCAAGGCAGUUCUUGCAAAUGGAGAGGUGGUGAAGACUGCAUCUCGUGCUCGAAAGAGUGCAGCAGGGUAUGAUUUGACACGCCUGAUGAUUGGAAGUGAAGGAACUCUUGGUGUAAUUACUGAAGUAACUCUACGACUGCAGAAAAUUCCCCAAUAUUCAGUGGUUGCUAUGUGUAAUUUCCCAUCAAUUAAGGAUGCGGCAGAUGUUGCUAUUGCCACUAUGCUGUCUGGAAUACAAGUGUCAAGGGUUGAGCUACUGGAUGAAGUUCAAGUGAGGGCUAUCAAUAUUGCUAAUGGGAAGAAUUUGCCAGAAACACCAACUUUGAUGUUUGAGUUUAUAGGCACAGAGGCCUAUUCACGUGAACAAACCCAAAUAGUUCAGAAGAUUGUGUCUGAACACAAUGGCUCAGACUUUGUUUUUGCAGAAGACCCUGAUACUAAAAAGGAACUCUGGGAGAUAAGGAAGGAAGCACUCUGGGCAUGCUUUGCAAUGGAACCUGAUUUUGAGGCGAUGAUUUCGGAUGUUUGUGUACCUCUAUCAUGCCUUGCAGAAUUGAUAUCAAGGUCCAAGCAAGAAUUGGAUGCAUCAGAACUGGUUUGCACAGUUAUUGCUCAUGCUGGUGAUGGGAACUUCCACACAGUGAUUCUUUUCGAUCCUAACAAAGAAGAACAUCGACGAGAAGCAGAGAGAUUGAACCAUUUUAUGGUUCAUGCUGCCUUGUCAAUGGAAGCAGGAACAUGUACCGGGGAACAUGGUGUUGGCACAGGAAAAAUGAAGUAUCUUGAAAAAGAAUUAGGAGUAGAGGCUUUGAAGACCAUGAAAAGAAUAAAAGUAGCAUUGGAUCCCAACAACAUCAUGAAUCCUGGAAAGCUUAUUCCUUCUCAUGUUUGUUUCUAAGCAGUCACUCUCUUUAUGCAUGUGUCUCAUCCACUCAUCUGGUGGCUGUUGUAACUGAGAAACACAGCUAAAACUGCUUUUGUAUUACUCUCUCAUGCAAUCUUACAUACCCCUCUGUAUUUAAAGGGGGUACAUAAAUAAGAUUAAAGUAAUACCUAUCCACUAGUUAAUGAAGUGGAUUGGAAGUGAUAGUUUUCAUUUGUAACUGAAGCCUGAAUCGUAUGAUAUCCUGUCUUCAGUUGAAUACUACAUUUUAAUGUUAGUCUUCCUUCUUUCCUUGGAAA